AUGCCAAGCUACGCAAGGCUGCCGCCCUCUGGGAUCAAAGUGAUCAUUGUCGGCGCUGGGUUCGCCGGACUCUGCGCCGCCAUCGAGUGUGACCGGAAAGGACACUCGGUGAUAUUGCUGGAGAAAGUUGCGGAGUUGAAGCCGCUGGGCGAUAUCAUCAGCUUCGCCUCCAACUCAGGCCACAUCUUUGAGCGAUGGGAGGGAGUCGUUGACGAGCUCGAUCCCGUCAUCCACCACAGUGAUGGACUGGACUUCUAUGACUGGAUGGGGAACUUUGCCACCAGACAGGUGUGGGAUGUGGAAAGACAAUGGGGCAGAAGGAUCAACGGCCACCGAGGAGAAAUCCAUCGUGUCGUGUACGAGCAUGCCAAAGCCAGGGGGAUUGAUAUUCGGCUUGGGCAGCAUGUCAGCGACUACUUCGAGAAUGACUCGGAAGUGGGAGUUAUGGUGAACGGUGAGAAGCUGACUGCAGACUGCGUGCUUGCUGCAGAAGGGGUCAAGUCACCUGGAAGAAAGAUCGUCUUGGGCUUCGAGGACCGUCCGAAGCCAUCAGGCUAUGCCGUUUAUCGCAGCUGGUUCCCGUCCGACGAACUCGCCAGAAAUGAAAGGACGAAGCAUCUGGUGGUGAACGGAGACUCGCAUUCUGGUUGGAUUGGUGAAGACAAACAUUUUCUUGCAGCAUCCAUCAAGAAUGGCAAGGAAUUCAGCUGGGUGUUGACGCACAAGGACACCGCCGACAUCGACGAGGACUGGCAGUUCCCUGGAGACAAAGAAGAUGUCAAGAAGAAUCUUGUCGGGUGGUCCCCUGUGGUCCACGACAUCGUCGACGCCACUCCCCCGGACCGACUGGUCGAUUACAAACUGGUAUUUCGGGAUCCUUUGCCUACCUUCGUCUCACCAAGGGCCCGAAUCGCUCUGAUCGGUGACGCCGCGCAUCCCUUUCUCCCCACUUCGAUCCAGGGGGCUAGCCAGUCCAUGGAAGACGGGGUGACGGUGGCAAUCACUCUUGAGAAGGCUGGCAAGGAGAACGUCCAGCUGGGCAUCCGGGCAUAUGAGGCCAUCAGGUAUGAACGUGUGCACCGCGCACAGAAAACUGGUAUCACGACGCGCGAGCAAUGGCACAAGGCCGACUGGGGUCAGAUUUGGAAGGACCCGAAGUCGCUGCAUCUGAAGCGGGAUGCCUGGCUGCUCGACUUUGAUGCAGAACCUCACGCGUAUAGAGUCGUCGAUGAUGUCCUGAAGAGAUUGAAACAUGGCACCGACGUCAAGACGAACAGUGUGUCAGAGCCUGAGACCAAGGGGGUCCCAACGGUGCUGGCACAAGAAAUUGAUCAGCUUGCAUGA